UAUAUGUUAAAAAAAGUCUUGAAAAGAUCUACCCAAGGAUGUAUAUAGCUUGUGACUUCCAUCGUUGCAGGCGUUGAAUCAAAUCAUCCUCGAUGUACCGAAAGGUAUCUUGCUUAGAUCUCAAGAGUCGCAUACACAAACAACAUCAGGUCCAACCUAUUAACGAUUUCUCUCUCUAACAUUAUAAUAAGCGUGACAUCUUCAUACACAAAGAAUAUGUAAUCACUCAGCAAUCUUUUGACCAUCGAAAGUGAUAGGGAGAGUACCCAACUGGACUCACAUACAAUGUACUGUAAAAUUAACCUAUUAGAUAUAUCAAACUUCUACAUAUCAUCUUCUCCAAAUCUCAAAGUUGAUUGUGGUACUGUAGCUUUUGACUCUAUAAAGUUCAAAUAGUUUUGUAGGGACUUUAAUAACAAAAGUUGAGAUGGCCGAGUUGGUCUAAGGCGCCAGAUUAAGGUUCUGGUCCGAAAGGGCGUGGGUUCAAAUCCCACUCUCAACAUUACAUUUUUGUUUUUCAAUUUCUUCUUCCUUUGUUGGGCCUUGAAGGCAAAAUGAAGAUAUCAUGGCCAAUGGGCUCAUGUGUUCUCUCCUGUCCAUGCAUUUUCAUCAGCUUCUAUGACCUAUCAUGGUUCAUAAAUAAGCCCAAAUCAAUCUUCCAAUGCUGCCCACUAAAUGUGAGUAGCAAUCGCUCAUCAACUUAUGGGCCCCUUCUUUGCUGCUGUUUAGGCCCUACUUUAUGAGAUAAUGCAAGCCCAAUUAUCCAUGCAUGCAUGAUUACCAAGGCUUUUGAAUUUUAAUUUUUAACCAAUCAAUUUGAGCCAAUUAUUUUGUUUUGAGAUAAUAUGAUCAAAUUGAUCCAUUCUCUUUAAACGAAGCAAUUCUGGAAACUUUUAAAUUGUCUCGUGACAAUUACAAUGGUCUGUCAUGGCGCAGAUAAUUCGAAUUGACUCGUUUUAAAUGACUCGCUUUGUAAAAUGAGACAAUUGGCCGAAUUGUCUCAUUUUUCAAUUGAUCCAUCCAAAUGACCCAUUUGUUCUAUUUUCAUGCGGCUAAGGAAAGCUGCAGCUACAUCCUUUGUAAACAUUAUGGUAAUUGAUUUAGUUUGCGUUGGGAUGACAAUUUUGAUCAAAGUUGUUUACCACAUGUGGUUGGCCUGUUUUGGUGGUGGAGCAGAUAUGGGUACCUUGUUUGGUCUGACUUGUCUUAACCAACCUUAUUCCUCAAUCUGUUUGUGCCUAAAUUAUAUGUAAUUUUAUGAAAAUUACUUAGAAUUUUACUUUUAGUAUCUCGUAUAUUUUUUCUAUAAUGAAGUUGAAAAUAGGUGAGAAGUAAGAAUCUCAAUUUUUCAAACAACUUAAUUAAAUUUAUCAUAUUAUUGUUUGUUUCUUGGUUUUCAAAUAAAAAUAAUAAUAUUUCUAAUGAUUUUCUUUUAAAUUUUCUAUAUAUAUAUAUAUACUUAUAUGGGUCGAUAUAUCCGACCCACGCCCUAUGUUAAAUUACCCGACCUUGUCUCGACCUGCUACAAAUCAGGUAUGGAUAUUGAGAUAUCCGCCUCAGAUAUACCCAUUGUCAUUUUAGAUUUUACCUUAAUUAUCGAUCGGGUUCCGACGAUUAAUCAUAUCGGUGGAUAAUAGCCGUCUCUAAUUAUUUUUGUUGAGAUAUUGAUAAUAAAAAAUAAAUAAAAAACUAAAGAAAAAGUGCACCAUUUUAGUCAACUCCCGUUGGCUUGCGGAGUCGCGAAAGCAUGCAUUACGACUACGAUCCGAUUGAGUUCACACCGUAGGUCUCCAUAUCCGUGCUUGCUUUGUAACCCUACCCAUCUCCACCUAUUUAUGAAUGUAGAAGACGAGUUAAUAAGAGUAGGAGAGGGGAGGUUGGUCUGUACUUAUGAACGGUUGACCAACCCAAAUUAAAUGUCGAUUAUAAUUUGAGUUUGAACAUCAUUAGAGAAUAGUUGGUUUGAAGGACAAAUUUUGAACAUCAUUAGAGAAAAGUUGGUUUGUAAGGGCAAAAUUUGGCGGGAUAAGCACAUUUUGUUUAAUGCAGUAUUAUUUUAACUCGGUAUUGUUGUAUUUUUAGAUCUGCAAGUUUUUUCCUCAUAUUUGGAUUAUGAUGGCCUACAAUAUUUAACGAGCAGUUCAACCGCUAUGUGUUGUAUCAUGCUUGUUAUGUUUGAUUCUCUUAAGUUUUUAUUCAUUUUCAAUAUUGCUUUAGAAAAUUCUAAGAGGUGUUUCGAAUGUCGCAGUUGAGAAAUAAGAUAAUUGAGGUCGGGGAUUGUGUUAGGGCAAUUCAAAUUGCUCCUUUUUUAGGCGAUUGUAAAUUUUUUUCUCUUGGUGAAUUAGUUAUUCGAAUUAUAUGUCUCUUCUUCAGAUAAUUUUUGUUGGCCUUAAUAUGGAGCAAUUCAAAUUGUCAACUCCAAUCGCAAUGAUCCAUUUGAUUUUUACAAAGCCAGAUAGGACAAUUUGACCCAUUGUUUGUUAAAAUUGAGAUAAUUAAGUUAAACUAAUCCAUUCAAACUACUUGUUCGUUAUUGCUAUGUCUGGUACUGUUGAGCUAUCAGUUAGCUCAAUCACUCGACAAUAUUUUUUUUCAGAAGUGAAUACCAUGGAGGUAGAUCGACAGCUCAAAAGUAUUUUGAAUUCAGGAUAAGAUGAAAGUUAAUAUACCGAAGCUGGUCUCUUUCAGCCCUUUAGAACAACCCUCAUUAGUGUCAAUGGCGAUCCAUUUGAACCUUCCUCAUUCACAUUAAUUACUCAAAGAACAGUAAAAUCUUUAUAUAGGAAAAAAAAAAAAGUCAACCCUUGCUCCACCUGAUUGAUCAAUAAAUUCGCACUCUCUAAAUUAAAUCCAACUCUUCUCUUUUCUCCCCCUACCCUCACGAGCUAGCUGGGACAAGAACAGUGCACUUGCCAUUUUAAUAUUAUGUUCCCAAUCUGCAACUUGCUGCAGCUAAGUAUAUUUGAAAAACAGUCAGAAUAUACAAAGAGAGAUAAGAGCACUCAGAUUGUAGGUGGGGAAGAGAAGAGAAGACAGCUAUGCUCGAUUACCAAAUUGGGCAGUAGUAGUUGAUGAUUGAAAUGGUUUGACUUUGUAAAUGGGUUCUGGACUUUGGACAAUCAGAACUGAUGAUUGAAAUGGUUUUUAUAAGAUUAUCAGAGAUAUUUUCUUAUGCCUAUUGUAAUCGCAUUCUGGCUUCCAAACUCCAAUUUAUAAUUCCAAAUUGCAUAUCUAACUCGUCCUUUGAUCGUGAUAUUAAAAAAAUACAAAUUUCAAAAAUUCACGGUGUAAUAUAAAUACGCACAAUGUUCACGAAUUGCUAGUUAUGAUGCUACGAAUAAAAUGUGUACAAGAUUGGACAGUUCUAACUUCUUACAGAAGGUACCUACUAACCCUUUCAUGCAAAUUGAUACCCAUAUGUAAGACCUCAUAUUACGGAAUAAAACAAUCCAGACGUCAUAUAUGAAUACAACACGGGAGAAUUGGUAUUUAGAAUAGUUCUAUGUCUAUCCCAACUAGAUUGCAUGUGAGAUAAUGAGAGCCAAAAAUAUCGAACACACUAACGAAAUGCUUUGUAUUUUAAGAACUUGUACCGAAAACUUUACCCUAAAUCAUGCCUUACUUAAUCAUUAAGGACAUGUUACUUCUAAUGACAUCUAGAACUUUAAACUAAGUUGUUUAAUCUUGUCAAAAUGGUACAUGUUGUUUGCAUAACCUUGUGUUAAUUAUAAGCUUAACCUUUGCUUGUCACUAAACAAAAGGGCCAGGAAACAAGAAAACAAAACACUAUUUUAUUGAACACACGAGAUGAGAUCUACAGGAACCAAUUUCAAUGUCUUCGUUUCUUUUUAAAAACUCCACUCUACACGAUCACCCAUUUUCUUCGAUCUCUAUCCCUCUCUACCCCAAAAUGGACAAACUCGCCAUGAUCAACUCAACCCCGACUCGCUCCCACUCACCACCAGCUCACCACCUUCUUUCCCUCUUCUUUUCCAUCGCCACCCUCUUCGCCUCACUCGCCUCCGGCCAAACCGAUCUCCGGUCCGGUUUCCAAGCCACACCCGACCAAUCAAUAUCCUCGUUCCAGCCGAUCCUCAAAGACCCAACGGGGAAUUUCUCACUCGGCUUCCUCCGAGUCAACUCGUCCCAGCUCGCUCUCUCCGUCCUCCACCUCCCUUCCCUCCAACCCAUCUGGCAGGCCAACCCGACCCCGCCCUCGCCCAGCUGGUCGGACCGGACCCGGCUCUCCUUCAGCGGCCGACUCGUCCUCUCCGACUCCCGCCGGGGCGUUAUCUGGUCCACCACGGGGACCGAUCCAACCGAUACGGUCGUGCUGCUGAACAAUUCCAACUUACAGGUGAAGCGAAACGACCCCGUUUCGGCGAGGGAGGUAGUUGUCUGGCAGAGCUUUGACUUUCCCGGAAACACCCUCGUGGAGGGGCAGAACUUCAGCUCCAGCGCCACCGCCUUGGUGGCCGCCGGCGGGCGGUACGCCAUGCGGCUGGGGGACGACUUCAUGGCGAUGUACGCCGACUUCGACGGAAGUGGGGUCCCCGAUCGGAUCUAUUGGAAGCACAAGGCGCUCGAGGCCCGGGCUGACGUGGUUCCGGGUCGAGGUCCGAUUCGCCUGCGGGUCGAACCGGAAGGGUUUCUGGGGAUGUACCAGAACGGGUCGGGGACUACCCCGGUCGACGUUCAGUCGUUCAACAGCUUUCGUCGACGGGUCGGUGGCGGGUUCUACAUCGUCCGGAUCGAACCGGACGGGAACCUGAAAGGUUACAACUGGGACGGAGCCAGCUGGGUUCUCGAGUACCAGGCCGUACCGGAUGGGUGCGGCCUGCCCGACCCGUGCGGUUCGUACGGGCUGUGUCGUCCAGGAGGACCCACGUGCUCCUGUCUCGAUGAAACCGAUGAGACUCGUUCGAGUCGACCGACCGGUGGUCAGUGUCUGCCUGCACCGAGGGGCAACUUCUGCGGUCAACGAGAUGGUUUUCGAGUCUUGAGGAGAUUCGGGGUCGACCUUCCGUUCAAUAAGGAGCUGACCGACUACGUAAUGACCCCGUCGCUCGGGGAAUGCGAGGGCUCGUGCGAGAGGAAUUGCACGUGCUGGGGCGCGGUGUACAACAACGCGUCUGGAUUCUGUUACCUGGUGGACUACCCGAUCCAGACGAUGUUGGGUGUCACGGACCAGAGCAAGUUCGGGUACUUUAAGAUAAGAAACGAUGAGGACGGUUCGAAAGCCGGCAAGAAGAAAAAUAUGGGUUCGGGUGCAUGGGUCGGGCUCAUGUUCCUGUGCCUGUCGAUCUUGGUCCUGGGCGGAGCGGUCGGGUUUGUGGGUUUUAGGGCUUGGAAGAAGAACCUGAGAGUGAGGAACCGGAUAUUGGAAGAGGAUGAAGGGGUAUCGGCCCCUGGGCCGUAUAAGGAUCUCGGUUCGGAUAGUUUUCGGUCCGUAGAGAUGGGCGAGAGGCGAUGACGCAAGGGAUGACAUAUUUAUGGGCCGGCGCUACGUUGUAGUGGGCGCUUUGACUGGAUUGUGGAUAUUCUUUAUAUUUUUUUAUAGUCAAAAGAGACAAGAGAAAUAUUGUUUUUGAGAUUCGUUUUAAUUAUUUGUUUUUGUGGGAAAAUUGUAUUUGUGAUAAGUAAUAAUAUUAGAGCCAAAACGUCAUUCAUCACUAACUCUGAGCUUUUUUCUGAGUAAUGGUAAUGGUAAUGGUUCCACGGUAGUUUUCCACUAUUUGGUUGAGAUCGUUCAACUGUUUUAAUGGAGCAAAUGGUUUGUUCUAUUACAUUUCGUCGUCUCCACAACAUAGUUUACCGCUCACUAGUUAAGUAUAAUGACAAAUUUCAGAGUUAUUCAUAAUUUUAUAAGCUAGGUCUAUUAGUAUUUCGUGCAAUAAUAUAUCAUGGUAUUUAAGAUAUGACAUGAGCUUGAUAUAGAAAGUGAAACAUGUAAUUAGUGAUACGUAAUAUAUAUACGUAUAAUAGAGAAUUAUCAUAUAAUGUGUCAUAAAUCAGUUGGUUUCAAUAACUCGAGUUGUUGGGAGAAGGUUAUACUGGAUCUUAUACAAUCUCAUGUAUGUUACUUAAUUACUUCCUUACAUAAUGUGAUGUGUCACAUGAAUCCAAUAAAUAUAUAUAUUAUACUACGGCGUACUUGUAUCACUAUCAAUUAAAUAAAGUUAUCAGAAUUCAGAAUAAUGCUUUGUUUCUAGAUAGGAAAAUUUAAAACCCAAAAACAGUAAUUUUCAAUCACAUUUGUCACAUUUUCGUAUAAAGAACAUUUUGUUACUACAUGCAUGUCGAGGAUUAUUCAACGAGAGCUCCAUUUGUUCAUAAUUAGAUCGAAGAAUUGCAUACACAAUGCCCAAUUACUCUGAUGGGCCGGAGGAUGACAAAAGCCUAGUAAUUUGUGGGCUCUUGAAGCGACAUCGCAUUUAACAUCAUUAGGGGGCUUUUGUCGGCCUAGCCCAAUAUAUCGCGAAGCAUCCCAAAAAGUGUGAGGAACGGACAAAGAGUAAGAGAGAGAGAGAGAGAGUUAGGUAGACCGUACAAGAAGGCUUGGCCCCUAGAUGAUGUGUUGGAAGGUCCUCCAACACAAGUUAGGUAGCCAGACAUCAAGUCCACUGGGGUUCUUAAAAUUUUAUUAACAUAAAUGUUUGUGUAUCUAUUGAAUUUUGAGUUAACCGGGGUCCUUGGUGAGCCAACAUCGUUGAGAGUAUGGGGUCCUAAACUUGAAUUAUCGUACUAAAAAGUAAAACACAUGUAUUUAAAGGGUUUUGUUACCCAAUUAUUUGCCAAGUGGGAUCCUAGGACCCCUCUCCUCCUUACCUUCCUCCGCCACUGCCUCCAACACACGACCUUCAAAUUUUACGAGGCUUUCACCUCGGUCUGUUAGUUAAUCCAUGUUGUACUUUGGUGUAUGAUUGUCAAAUUCCAAUUUGUGUGCUGAAAAUUUCUAUUUGUGUUGAAAAAGGGACACAAGAAAUUUAGUGAAUUAGGUACAACAACGACUUAAAUUGAUCUCGUAGAAGAUAACGAAAUUAAAGAGCUAAUAUAUAAUUUUAUCUCAAACAAUGCUGAAAAGAGAUAAAUCUGUAAAUAACGAUGUUAUAAUCAAAUAACAUAGUUAGUUUUGUGGGAAUUGUUCAAACUCUUGUUCGAAUAGUGGGGGGCGUACGGAGUUGAGCAUGAUCUGGGGGAGCUCUCUUGGAGUUGGAGGAAGUUUGCCAACUUUCUUUGUCUUUUGCUUUCUUUUCUUGUACUUAUACCCAAGUCAGUUUAAUAAGGCAGGCAGCCCAUUUAGUGGCGAAACGAUGCCCUCUCUCGUCUGUAGUUCGACUAUUUAUCGACUGUCUCUAUUGAUUACGUAGUAUGCUAUAAGGUUACCUUUUGUUAUCUUGCGCUAUCUAUGGAACAAUACAUUCAUAAUUUUUAA